GAGAGGCAGGAAAGUCAAUUACAAUGACCCCAGGGCUGAGGUGGUACUUAUUCUAUUGACCCCAAAAGGAUGAGAGACAAUGUGGAUUGUGGAGGAAUUUAAACUCAGAAAUUAAAGCAGACGAAAUAUUGGUCAGCAUUUUGCCCAUGUCCUAAUGAUUUGACCAGCCCACCACCUGAAUCUAUUGGUUUCAAAUGUUUGAGGCAGGUGGGUAAGUCGAUUACAUUGACCCCACUGCUCAACUGGGACUUCAUUUAUCGACCCCCGAAAAGAUAAAAGGCAAAGUUGACCUAGGUAGAAUUUGAACUCAGAAUGUAAAACAUAAAGACGGAUAAAAUGCCGCUAAGCGUUUCACUCAGUGUUACGAAUUUGCCAGUGAGCCAGUUCUAUCUCCUGUGGUACCUAGUGAUAUCCACGGUACCUUACAGGGUACAUAUUUACAGCUGUCAAGAAAAUUGUGCGGAAGUUGUUGCCAUUACUUACUCCUAAAUAAUGCCUGAUGGAGCAGACUAUAGUUAAAGGCUUUCCAGCCAUGACCAUCUUGUUUUUGUUUUUAUAGAUAUCUAUAAACACAAUAUCCAAUAAAUCCUUCACCUUUUAAAGACAUAAAGGGAAUUUAGUUGCUAUUUCUUGUGGGCUAAGUGACCCUAUAGUAGCUUCCAUCAUGGCUUGAUUGUGUUAAGGUUGAUGGAAACUAAUCUGGGGCCAAACUCUCUAGCAAGAUCAAUAAUUCUUCCCCUCAUCUAUCUCGCUUUUGGACUUUUCUCUUGUCUGAUGUUUCUAUACCUUUCUCCCUAUACAUUGCGAUAUUUAGAUCUUUGAAUCAACCCUAUACAUUACCCCUAUACAUUGAACCUUUACAUUAUUCCUCUACAUUACUCGUGUGUGUGCUUAUUUCAUCGAUAUUUUAUGAAAUAUUUCAUUUACUUCACCUAUUGAAUUCUUUAUUUACCUAAUAUUUUUUGCUUUUAAUCACACACACAAGCAUAUUAAUGAAAAGAAUCUCACUAUUUUACAUCUAUUUUCCCAGGCUCCCAAUCAUCAGAUGUGUUAUCUCUGAUAUUUCACUGUCUGCUGCAGUUUUGCCAUUUCUCUUUCCAUCUCCCUGUUUGGGACUCUUUUUCACUUGUUUCACAUCUUCUUCUAUGGCCCCUAUCCACUUUUCUGUGGUCCCUUUCCACUGGGCUCACUUCUUCCUUGUUCACACACCUUUGCUUCUCCUCUUGUUUUUACACAACUGAAACCUCCACUCAUCUCUCCUCCUCUUCAUUAUUCACACACGACUGUCUUUAAAUAUGCAGCAGAACCAACUCAAAGUUUUCCAGUCUCUAUACUUCUUCCACAUUUGCAGUCCAUGUCUCUCCGACAUGUAUCAUCUCACACUUGGGAUGCAAGCAUCAUGUAUCCUACAAAUACACACUCACACACACACAUGAAUACAGGUGUGUAUUUGGAUGUGUGUUAAUCUGUCUGAUUUUCCAAGGUAAAUGCAUAAAUCUUGUGUGUGUGUGUGAUGAACAAAAUGUAUGUGGUCAAAGUAGAAUAUGACCAAUAUAAUCAAAGUUAAAAAGACUAAAAUGUAACCAAAGUUAAAACCCCAGGAGUACAACAAGAACCAGGAAUGGAACCAAGGAAGAAGACGGAAGAAUAUUACUAAAGCUGAAGGCCAAGUUCCCCGUUCGAGUUGUGUGUUGGUUUUGUAGUGAGAAAUCCACCGUCCCCUUUGGUAAUUGUAAUUGUUGGGAUUGCCCCCACUGUGAACAAUACAAUGGAUUUAAAAAGGAUGGUGAUUACAAUAAACCAAUUCCAGCUCAAUGGUCUCCCGAACUCAACUUCCCAAUUUCCUGUUCCAAACAGAAAAUGGUUCCUUUAUCCAAUGGUCUCUGUUCUGCCUGCAAUGAAAGACAACUUCUCAAAGUUCAACAGUUGGCUGUCUUUAAACCAUUUGUUGAGGCCAACUACAACAAAGAGGUGAACGAUUACAAAGAACACCUGGAGAAAAUCUACAAUCUCUGCUACAAGUGUAAACUUUAUGUCCAACAGGAGCUGGAGAAACUCGAUAUGUUUUUGAAGAUGAAAUACCCCCAGACUCUCAGUGGCAGUGCUUUGUCCCCUACAUCUUCUCUCUCUACAGUCUCUACUUCUACCUCAUCUCAGUCAUCCAAGUUGUCGUGUGUUCAAGACCAGCUGCCGUCCCUCCUACAAAUGUUCAGUUUUGUCUCGGCUAUGAUCCUCCUUAUCGUAUGCAUCUUCCAAGUCUCUUUCAACUUCUUCUCAACAAUGAUGUUGCCCGUUUGGUCAGUUCAUCUGUGUCAGCUGCUCACCAGAAAUGUUUGUCCCAUUGCUAUUUCUGGUCUCUUCUUCUGCCUGGCAUCAAAGUUUUUAUUUCUUGGAAGAGUCAGUUUAUAUGCUGCUGACGUGGUCGAUGCCCUCCUCUGGCUCCUGCUCAAUGUGGUGGGCUUGAUGUUCCUCCACGACAGACCUGCCUCCCCUCUCGCUGUUGGCCUGCACUGUCUCUGUCAUAUUGUCAACACCGUUUCUACCUGUCUUUGUCUGGUUUGGACCAGAGUGAAUUACCAAAGCCAAGAAGAAUUAGAUUAUUCUGACAGUUUUGCAUCACAGACAUCACUCAGUGAUUCUUCAUGCAGUUCCCCAAAGCCAGGGUCUGUGAAAAGCUACCAUACAGCCAACUCAUCUGCCAGUUCCUAUAAAUCCUUUUCCGCAUCACCAUUGCUCCGUUGCAAACCCCUCUACCCAUCAACUCGUCCUCUACACAGGAGUAAGAGCUCUGCUUCUCUAAUCAAUUUCCCCGUCAGGAAGUCAUCAUGGAGCCCACUUUCUGUUCAGACAAACUUUCCGCCGUUUUCUUCUGGAAGUCAGACAGACAUUCCCAGUUUUGGUUCCCUUAGCAAAGCAUCUGAUGGGUCUGCGUUCAACAGAUGUCGGAGCACUUCGCCCAACUUAUUCUCCUCAUAUUCCUCCCCCAUCAAAAAAUGUUUUUCUUCCAGUGGAUUACUGAACCAGUUCAAUGCUUCCAACCUCUCUCCUCUUUCUCCAUUGUCCCAUUAUCAGUCACUUCCAGAUGAUCAACACAACAGUAUCUCAGAUAAAAUCCUUGGUCUGAAGAUGGACAGCAUUAACCUCGGACGAUCCUUUAAUACCUCUAAAUCUAGUAUGGGUUCAUUCAACAGGUGGCCCCGCAGUCCUUCAUCUGUUUUAUCACGAGGGGACAUUGCCCCUGCCAGGUUACUCUAUGAUAAGAAGAACGUCUCAUCGUCUGGUACGUAUCUUGACAAGAACAGCCUAUCGUCGUCGUCCAAGUUCUCUUCUUCCAACCAGUUCAACGAUACAGCUUCUGUGUUCUCGGAUUCUUUCUCAAUUAAACCUUCGGAUUCUAAAAGCUGUCAUGAGUUUGGUUCUGAUGACCAAUUUGAGAAAUCUGACAGACAAAACGAUUUUCAAAGUUCAAUGAAGAAAUCAAACACAGAUUCUUGUUUAGUAGACAGUACCACAGAUAGUACCACAUGUAGCACAGCUCCCACAACAAGUAAAGCAAUGUUCCUGGCCUUCAGCAUCGCUGUUAAUGUUGUCCUCAUCCUCAUAGUGUUACUCAGAGACUUCCCCCUUUCCUUAUAUUUCUCACUUGCUGCCACUCAAGCGUCAUACUACACCAAACACGUCACGCAUCAGUUGAUUCGGUUUUUUACAGACCACACUCGGCUGGAAUUAUGAUGGCAGUAAACUGCUUCAGUUUCUUUUUGCCAUUAACUCAUUUUUUUUUUUUGCCCAUUGCUUUGUCACACAAAAGAAAUCUCUACUGUCAGUUAAAAAAAAAGGAAGAUUCUUGACUGGGAACAACCAGAAUGUUGUGAGAUUCUGACUUGGCACUAUUUGUGAAGAUUUCUUUAUCUGUUCUUCACAGUUUGCAGACUUUGGUUACAAAAUACAGAAUAAAUUUUCUCUUUGGGCUUCAGACAAUGAAAAAUGAAACAGAAAGAAGAAAAAAAAAAUUCAUUUAGCAUUUAAACUGAACAUAUCUCAUUCAACCUGGCCAGAUCAGGCCUCUUACACCUACCUUACAAUGUCAUUCUAAAAAUGAACUAUCACAUCAUCAAAUUCUCAAAGCCAUGGGAUAAUCCAUGAUUAAUUUAAAACACUGUGAAGAAAUAAGGAUUACAUUUGACAGAGAAAUCUAAAUAUUCUACUUAUUUUAUGUUCAAACUGACCAGAUCCUGCCUCUCACACCUACCCUACAAUGUCAUUCUAAAAGUAAUCAAUCACAUCUUUGAAAUCUCAAAGUAAUGAGAUAAUAGAUGAUUAAUUUAAAACAAUAUGAAUGAAUAAUAAGCAUUAUUUUGACAAGGGUAGCCUGAAUGGUAAAGAGUGAAACAGGAAUGGCUGAGAAAAUGGUUGCUGGUUAAUUAUAAAAUGACAGUAAUUAGCUACACAGAAAAAUAUGUUAACGAUGGGAAAACUUGAUUCCAGUUGAUGAAAGUAUUUUUAAAAUGUAAUUCAACACGAAGAAUAUUCAUACCUAAAAAAAGGAACAAACGAGACAUUUGUUGGUGUAAAUGAUAAACAAAAAUGUGUGUGUGUAUAUAUAUAUAUGUAUGUAUGUAUAUAUAUAUAUAUAUAUAUACACACAUUUAUGUAUAUAUAUGGUAUAAAUAUGUAAUUAUGUGUAUAUAUAUAUGUAAUGUGCGUGUGUUUAUGUAUAUCUCUAUACAUAUAUUGUAUAUGUAUAUGUAAUUGUGUGUAUGAAUAUAUGUAUUUAUAUGUAUGUAUGAUGUAUAUAUGUAUUUAUAUGUAUGUAUGAUGUAUAUAUGUAUUUAUAUGUAUGUAUGAUGUAUUUAUGUGUAUAUAUUGUAUUUCAUUUUAUAUUCCAUUUAAAAAAAAAUAAAUAUACAUUUUA